AUGGUUCCACAAACUGGAAGCACUGAACGACGCUUCACUCCGGGUUCCCACCUUGAUGCAACGGAGCCGGAGGCUUUCGCCAACAUGCAGAAGCCGCCUCUGGAGACGGGUCCUAUGACCGACGAGGUCCUGAGGGGCAUCUUCGCCUCGGACCAGGACAUGUACCCUGCGCCGCUGACCUGGGAGCGCCUCCGGAGCUGGACGACGGCGGCGCCCGACAUGGCGACGUGCUUCUACCUGCCGGCUGCCGAGGGUGACGAAGGCCGGGCCGAAGGGCGGUCGCUCGUCGGCGCCGUCAUUGUGCUUCCCCUCCUGGCGCGCGCGUGGCGGGACUUACUGGCGGGACACGUCAAGGAGACCGACGUCGACGCCGAAUCCAUGUUCGCCCGCGACGAGGACGACGGAGGCCCGCCUCCGGAGGUCGGACUGCACGUCUUCCACGUCGAACGGUUCGACAUCUCUGCAACGCAUGCAAAGGUGCGCGGGUUCGCGAACCUCUCGAUGCGGGCUGUCGCCGCUGUGGCGGAGGGCAAGGGAUGGAAGAUCAUUGGCCAUUCGGCGCUCACGGCAACGCCAGAAGGGAGGCGGUGCUUCGAACGGAUGGGUUUCGAGCCUACGGGCUACGAAGAGUUAUGGAUGACGGACGGCCGCGGAGGGGCCGAGCUGGUGGCCGUGUCUGCCGAUAUGGCGGCCGAACAGCGGACGGCACCCGAUGCAGCGGCUGUUCGAGGCCACGCGAGGAUGGUCGCGAAAUACCUGCCACCGGCACACAGCGCAUGA